GAAAACGUAGUGUGUGUUAUUCACUUUCUUAUUAUUUUAUCAAACAUAUAACCUCAAAAAUAAAGCACAAAACACACACUGCUUUGUUUGGGGUUCUUGAUUUUUGAUUCCUUCAUUCAUUGUGGGCUAAAUUCUUGAACUACUUCAGAAUGAAGAGGAUUUCUUCAUAACUAAGGAGCUGAAUCUGGGGUUUCCAGUUUGUGGUCUUUGUUGAGCUAGAACUGAGAUGGGGAGCUUUGAUUUGAAGCAUUUAAUGCUGUUGUUUUGGUUUGUGUUGGUUGUGCCUUAUUGUUUGUGUGAAGAAGAUGAUUCUGAUGAUUCUAGUAGUGCUGUUUACAUUGUUUCUCUAAGAAAUUCUCCUGCUUCUCAUUACUAUGGUGAGUUGAGAGAAAUGGGUAGUAAUGGCUUCCAAGUAAAAAAUGGUGGUGGUGGUGGUGGUGAUGCUUCUUCUUCUGGAAGAAUUCAGUUUCACAAACCAAGAUAUGGCAAUGCUACAAAGACAAAUAAGAGAUAUGGCUCUUACGUUGCUCAAGUUCAUGAUUCUUUGUUGAAGAAAGUGUUAAAAGGAGAGAAAUAUCUAAAGCUCUAUAGCUACCACUAUCUGAUAAAUGGAUUUGCUGUGCUGGUUACUCAACAACAGGCAGAGAAAUUGGCUCGGAGUAGUGAAGUGUCGAAUGUGGUUUUGGACUUUUCUGUAAGAACUGCAACUACUCAUACCCCACAAUUUUUGGGUCUGCCGCAAGGAGCAUGGUCUCAAGAAGGUGGGUUUGAAGCAGCCGGAGAAGGAGUGGUUAUUGGUUUUGUUGAUACCGGCAUAGAUCCAACACACCCGAGUUUCGCUGAUAACAAAUCUGAACAUCCUUAUCCUGUUCCUGCUCAUUUUAAUGGCGUCUGUGAGGUCACACGAGAUUUUCCGUCCGGUUCUUGCAAUAGGAAGCUUGUUGGAGCCCGGCAUUUCGCUGCGUCUGCUAUAACCAGAGGAAUAUUUAAUUCAACACAGGACUAUGCUUCUCCAUUCGAUGGAGAUGGCCAUGGCACGCAUACAGCAGCUGUUGCAGCAGGGAACCAUGGGAUUCCAGUGAUUGUUGCCGGGCAUCACUUUGGGAAUGCUAGCGGGAUGGCUCCUCGUUCACACGUUGCUGUUUACAAGGCAUUGUACAAGAGCUUUGGAGGAUUCGCUGCAGAUGUUGUGGCAGCUAUAGACCAGGCAGCUCAGGAUGGGGUUGACAUAAUUAGCUUAUCAAUUACUCCGAAUAGACGUCCUCCGGGCGUUGCAACUUUCUUCAAUCCAAUAGAUAUGGCAUUGCUGUCAGCUGUAAAGGCUGGUAUUUUUGUAGUGCAAGCUGCAGGAAAUACAGGACCUUCACCGACGAGUGUUUCCUCCUUCAGUCCAUGGAUCUUUACUGUUGGUGCUGCCUCUCAUGACCGGAUUUAUAGCAACUCCAUGUUUCUUGGAAAUAAUGUGACCAUACCUGGUGUUGGACUUGCGCCUGGCACAAGUGUAGGCAAACUUUAUACACUGGUUCAUGCACACCAUGCUUUGAACAAUGAUACUGCUGACCCUGAUGAUAUGUAUGUCAAUGAGUGCCAAGAUGCGAGCAAGUUCAGUAAGGAUUUGGUCCGGGAUAACCUCUUAAUGUGCAGCUAUUCAAUCCGAUUUGUGCUGGGGCUUUCCACCAUCAAGCAGACCUUGGGAAUGGCCAAGAAUCUUAGUGCAGCUGGAGUUGUUUUCUAUAUGGAUCCUUUUGUGAUUGGUUAUCAGAUUAACGCAGUUCCAAUGAAAAUGCCUGGCAUAAUAAUUGCAUCCACAAAUGAUUCUAAGAUUUUGAUGCAAUACUACAACUCUUCACUAGAAGUUGAUGCAGUCUCAAAGAAAGUUACUAAAUUUGGCGCAGUUGCGAGUAUCUGUGGCGGACUAAAAGCGAACUACAGUAAUGCUGCUCCGAAGGUCAUGUACUACUCUGCUAGAGGACCGGAUCCAGAAGACACUCUUCCCCAUGAAGCUGACAUCUUGAAGCCAAACUUGUUAGCUCCUGGAAAUCUUAUAUGGGCUGCUUGGAGUUCUCUUGGCACCGACUCUGUUGAAUUUCAAGGUGAGAAUUUCGCAAUUAUGUCAGGCACAAGCAUGGCUGCACCUCAUGUUGCUGGUCUUGCUGCCCUAGUUAGACAAAAAUUUCCAAAUUUCAGCCCUACAGCCGUUGCAUCUGCACUGUCCACAACUGCUUCUCAGCAUGAUAAGAAUGGUGGACCAAUAAUGGCUCAGCGAUCGUAUGCCUCGGCAGAUCUAAACCUAUCUCCAGCAACUCCUUUUGACAUGGGAAGUGGUUUUCUGAAUGCAACUGGAGCAUUAAAUCCUGGUUUGAUUUUUGAUUCCAGUUAUGAUGAUUACAUGGCAUUCUUGUGUGGCAUCAAUGGUUCAGCUCCUGUGGUAUUAAACUACACUGGUCAGAACUGCUGGUCCUAUAACUCUACUGUAUACGGUGCUGAUCUGAACUUGCCCUCAAUCACCAUUUCGAGGCUGAACCAAUCAAGAGUGGUGCAGAGGACAGUCCAAAACGUUGCUGGAAAUGAGACCUACAGUGUCGGUUGGAGCGCACCUUACGGGGUAUCAGUGAGUGUAUCUCCAACACACUUCACCAUUGCCGGUGGCGAGAAGCAAGUCUUGUCUGUGCUCAUGAACGCAACCGCCAACAGUUCAGUUGCAAGCUUUGGGAGGAUUGGCCUCUUUGGUGAUCAAGGUCAUGUCCUAAGCGUUCCCCUUUCAGUCAUUGUUAAAAUCUCAAGUAACAACAACACAGUGAGCUAACGUUGGAAUUGGGAUAGCAUUUUCUUGUUUUGAGUAAACUGAUUUUGAUUUUUGGCUUUUGUUUUUUCCAUUUUAAUCUGUAUUUAAUUGCUUGUGUAUCAAGAUGAUUAACUAAUUUUUUCAUUCAUUAUCAUGUAAAUUAGUUGAGGGGUUCUCCUUGUAAAGUAAAUAGAUAUGAGCGGUACCUGAUUUCUAGUUCCUUGAUACUUCUUUACUCUCUACCAGCUCAUUGAUUAUUAAAUAAUUAAAUAUA